CACGCCCCCAUUCAGAUGCUAAAGCGUUAGCUGAGGACGGUUGUGUUAUUGUUUACGUCCGUGAAACGACGCGAUGGGGAAUAAAAGAGAAGGAAAACUGUUAAAAUAACAAGUAGCUCUAAGUCAUGAAAGUGAUGGAGUUACGCAACGCGACACGGAGACAUUUAGUUCUACGGAGCGGGAGACGGAGCUGCAGUAGAAACGCCAGCAUGAAGCGGGACGACGUGAAGGUUCUGAGGUCCCUCACAGACGCGACCCCCCGCUUUACCUCAGGCUCGUCCGCGCGUGUCCGCCUGCAGAAACCCGUCAUGCUCGUGCCCCCGCGAUACAACCUGCUCCGGGAGGUCGGGCGGGGAAGCUACGGGGUCGUGUACGAGGCCGCGGCCCGGAAAGGCGGCGCCCGGGUGGCGGUGAAGAAGCUGCGCUGCGACGCACCGGAGAAGGUCGAACUGGCCCUGGCUGAGUUUUGGGCCUUGGCGAGUUUGGAGAAGAAACACGAGAACAUCGUGCAGUUAGAGGAGUGCGUGCUGGAGAGGAACGGAAUGGCGCAGAAAAUGAGCCACGGGAACAAAAGAUCCAAACAGUAUUUACGUUUAGUGGAAACUUCAUUAAAAGGUGAGCGUAUCCCUGGUUAUCCUGAGGAACCGUGCUACCUCUGGUUUGUAAUGGAGUUCUGCGAAGGUGGGGACCUGAACCAGUACAUCCUCUCACGGCUGCCGGACCCACGAACUAACAGGAGCUUUAUGAAGCAGCUGACCAGCGCCGUGGCCUUCCUACACAAGAACAACAUCGUCCACCGUGACCUCAAACCCGACAAUAUCCUGAUCUCACACAGAUUCGGCACGCCCAUCGUCAAGGUGGCCGACUUCGGACUGAGCAAGGUGUGUGCCGGGCUCGGGUGCGUAGAACACGGGUCUGAAGGCCCCAUCGAAAAGAAUGUCAACGUCAACAAGUUCUGGUUGUCGUCAGCAUGCGGUUCGGACUUCUUCAUGGCGCCCGAGGUAUGGGAGGGCCACUACACGGCGAAGGCGGACAUCUUUGCGCUCGGCAUCAUCAUCUGGGCUAUGCUUGAGCGGAUCACGUUUAUUGAUGGGGAGUCGAACCGUGAGCUCUUGGGCACGUACAUCCGUCAGGGCAGCGAGAUCGUGCCAGUUGGCGAGGCGCUGCUCGAGAACCCGAGGAUGGUUCUACACAUCCCACAGAAACCACGUAGCUCCAUGUCCAACGCGGUCCGGACGCUUCUGCACGACAUGCUGGCCGCUAAUCCGGAGGACCGACCGGACGCCUUCCAGCUCGAGCACAGGAUGGACCAAGUCACGUGUGCCACAUGAACCAGAACAGAUGAACUCCAAGCUGAGUUUCAGGUUCGAGAGCGGCGCGAGUGUCCGACCGCUCGGUGAGACGGAGAACAGGAUCCGCGAGUCUCAGAACUGUGAAGCACGUCUCAGUACGAGGACAGGAAAUUAAACUCUUCAGUUUGUGAUGGAAAUCAGCCCAGGGCUCAGAAAUCCAACAAACGAUCGUGUCUGACAUUUCUGCAUGUCUGCUCUUCAGUUCUUUUCACACUUAAAUAUAAGUUAUAUAUAUAUUUUGUUUAAUUGGAAAAAAAAUGGCUUUUCUUUUGUAUCGGUCACACCGUUAUUCGGGACCACAGACAGGAGAAAAGACGACAUGUUGCACUUUGUUGUAUUCGUCACCGCUGCACUUUCCACAACAAAGAGCGUCUACGGACGACGUCCCGGAUUCUACAACGUUCUUAGGGAUAUUGAGGAAUGUUCAGGAGUCAGCGUGGGAGUAAUAACAGUCAUGGAAAGGCGUACUGUGAACAAAGUAAUGAGAACACUUAAUCCGGUGUGCGUGUGUGUGUGUGUGUGGGGGGGGGGGACUUGUAGGGCUCAACAACAGCUUCCUGUUUCAUGAAAUUACUCCUGUGCCUUAUUUCCUUUCUUUCUUUUUUUUUUUUUUUUAAUAUUCGUCUCAGAUACGGUAUGUUUUCAGCUGACUCUUCACUUACAGAAAAGGACGACACUUUACAAAAGGUUUUCAGUGCUCUCUGGGAUUUUAUUUUUACAUACUUUUAAGUUGUUGUUUUUUUUUUUUAUUUCAUGUAUAAAAAUUUGCAUAUUCUAAAAUACGCACAUUAAUCGUUUGUUCGUUGCGCAGGAUAACGAUCCGAGUAGGACGUUCAAAGCUCGUAGGAUUGUUUGUCAUCACGUAUCUCUGCACAUACAGGAAAUCCAUUUAAAUUAGCUUACAAAGUUUGAAAAACGCCAUAAUGAAUGUAUUGAAAUGAAACUGCAAGGGGAAAAAAAAACAAAUAACAGUCCACACGAUUAACGCUGUUCACGUGGAAACAUUAAAAACAGCGUAUAACUACAUGUGGACUUCCACCAUCCAAUCAGCUGCAAGUUCACGGAGACCAUUCUGCUCUAAAGCUUUCUCUAAAACCAACGUACCUGCGUCGGGUCAGGUUGACCAGCCUUAGAACAAAAUAACACUAUAUGACCAACAGUAUAGCCCCUCAAACCCCCCCACCCCCAUGACCGUUACACCCUGUACAUGGCUCUUCUUCAAACUGUUACAACAAAUCUUAAAAAAAAAAAAAAACCCACAAUUGUCACGAAGAGCUUUGAAUGCUUCAGAUUUACAGUUUAUCUUCACUGGACCUAAGAUUCCCAAACGCCGCUCCAGCAUGACGGUGUCCCUGUGCACAAAGCUGCUGAGGACCAUGAAGACGUCUCAACAUCCCGACAACGAAUGAACACUAAUUCUCACAGACGUGCUCCGACGUCUCGCGGAAAGUCUUCCACUAAAUAAUUUAUACAGAGGGGAACGAGAUGUUCACUAAGAUCGUAUAGGUGUAGUGGUUGGGGGUGCACAUACUUUUGUGCAUGUCGAAAACAGUGUUUACAGACAAACAUGCAUCUUUAUGACCUUUCAGUUGCGUAAAUUAUGAAAAGGGAAAUCGACGGCGUCCAGUUUGGGGAAUUCUAUUUUAUUGACGAUUUAAACAGACAAUUUUUAUGAUUCUUGGGAAACCGAGUCAGUAGAAGUUGUACAUCGAAUGUGAACACGCCGCUUCCCCCUGAACGUGUCUGACGAAGGUUUUGUGCCUCUUUCUCACGUUGUGAACGUGUUUAUUUCCUGGUUUACUUGUUCAAUGGUUCUACCUCAUUUUUUUCACCGGGUUCUUGAUGUCGUGUCGGCGGCCGAUUAUUUUGCUAUAACGGCACGGCGGAUUUGAGCUACAUUAGUUUCGUAGCUCCUGUGAUGUCUAGCUAAAUAACAAACAAACAAACGAACGAACAAAUAAAAGUAAAUAUGAUACCACACGUGACCUGGAUGAUCCGUAGGUCUGGAAAAUGUAUUUCCAAAUUUUGGUGUUACAAUUAUCAUCUUCUAUUAAAGUGAAAAGUGUUGAGUUGGUGUUUGGUUUGUUUUGUUUAUUUUUUUUUUAAUACAUGUGUGUAUUUCAUCAUAAAUACCUCUUACCUGAGGCCAGCUACUGCUCUUCACGACUCCUGACACGUUCGUUACAGAAUGUACACUCACUGGGACGUUCUUGUGUCUUUCAUCGUCGUCGAUCUUUUACCGCGUCAGCAACCGAUGCUCUAAAUACCUCAAACCAUCAUCACAUCACAUCCUGUUCUCAUCCUCUUUUCCUUUAGUCACCAUGAAAUUUCCUCAGAUAAAAUGUUUGCGGGUCAAACGCACGCGCUGUCAGUUACACGGCGGGCUAAAGGGAAGGGGCGGAAAUUUCCGGACGAACCGCUGUGAACAGAGAGCUUAACACUUGACCUUCAGAUAUUUCUUUGUUCUGUUCAGAUUAUCAUGGCGUAAUGUUUUUCAUCCACAUGGUCACGUCAGCUUAAGUGAUUUAGUCAUGAUUCUGUUAAACACUCAAAAUUUCUGUGAAGUAUUUGUUCACUAUCAUGAAAGCUGUCUGUCAUGUACGUAUUUUUUUUUUCCCUAAAUAAACGAACAAUUAAAUAAAA